AUGGGUGAAGUCAGUGUUGAUCAAGCUGUCAAUUUGAUAUCCUCCGGAAGGCUCAAAGACCGUAUAGAUGGACUUGAAGAUCUAAAGCACAUCUUGCUUCAAAAUAGGCGCUCACCUAGAUUGGCUUCUUUGAACGACAAAGUUUAUCACAGCAUCUUUGAAACUCUCUUCCGGUUUAUUGCUAUUGAGAAAUCGACGUUCAGCAAAGCCAAUCGAGCUGUCUCGAAAACGCAAGCGGCGAGCAGACUAGCAAAGUGUGCUGGAGUUAUUCGGACAGCAGCUGAAGUCUCCUUACGUUGUCUUAGGACAAAGACUGUGGUUGCCCUGAUUAAUCAUGUCAUUGAUUCAUUGUCCGUCACUGCGGAAGGGCUAUGGGAGCCUCUUAGCGCGGAUUACAUCAAAACAUUACGAGUGAUUCUGCAAUAUCCACCCCACGUCGAACAUCUCUCUAAGGAUAUCUGGUGCGAUGUACUUGACUUCUGCCUGCGGGGCCUUGGUCUCACGAAGGACAACAGCCAAUUGCAGAUGAGCAUCCGGCGUGGUCGUUCCAUACCACCAGAAGAGUUGAGCCAGAGUACCCGCUCAUCUCCCCAUCCCACAUCAAUAUCAUCGUCUUAUCCAUCAACUAAGCAAGAUUCGAGGGGCAGCUCUGAGGAUUUUGAGCUUUGCAUUCAGCUGUUGGUCUCCUGUCCGGGUAUGCCGGUGCUCGAGAAUGCGCCUAAGCUAUUUCAUAACCUUUCAAAAUAUAUAGCUUCAUUAAAUCCAAUGGGGAGUACACCGCAUGCGGCUUUCAGUGCUCUUAACACCACUCUCUCUAUUGCCAUAUUAGAGAACAUCACCCUGGUUCAAGAUACCCUUUGUGAUGUGAUACCUACCAUUAGGCGAUACUGGUCUACGAAGUCUGCUGUGCUUAAAGAGGAGAUGUUGGCUACCCUUCUUUUAGGAAAGGAAAUCCUAUGCAGAAGAGGGCAGGCUCUACAGCCAGAAUUAGACAUCGAAAUCAUUCAAGCUAUCGUAGACCGGCUGCAAUCAGAAUACAUUCGGCUUCCUGAGAGGGAAAUACUACAGGUUGACGAUUUAAUUUUCUCCCUUAACCAUGUUUCUAAGCAAGUUGGCCUGCACUUUAUCUCACCAAAUACAGGGGUUUCAAAAGUCAUUCAAAACUGGACUAUUUUGUCACUCAUCGCGGCAUUCUCGAGAUUUAUUGACGAUUAUUACUCGCGCGAGAAACGUGGUUUAACAGCUGAAAAGUACUUGAACAAAAAGCAACAUCUUCUUUCUAGGACUGAUGAUAUACUUCGUGAUGCCUCAAGGCCCAGUGGAAACAGUCGUAUUUGCGCGUUGCAACUUAUACCUUUUAUCAUAUCGGAAGCAGAGCUAGAAGCCGGAACUCUCUCAACAUUACUUGGACAGCUUAUCAAAAAUAUCCUUGACGACAACAUUGUGGUUGCUUCUUGGAGUAUUGUUGCAAUUGCGAGCCUUACUUCCUGUGAGAACGCCAAAUCCGACCAGCUCAAGGGAAUAUGGCUUCAAGCAUGGGAAUUAAGUGUACGAAAUAUAUCUUCCCCAACUAUCUCACGGGCUGUUUGCCAUCUUAUGGCCGUGUCUAUACGAUCCAAACUAUUAAAUUACUCGGAUAUUGCUCGUACGCUUGAUUCGUUGGUGUCUUCCGCAGACCUAAACGGCCCUGCCAAUCUCAACGAUUCAUCAUUAAAUCUUUGGAUCAAUGUUUUGGAGCAGUGGUCCGACAUAAAUGUUGCACAGAGCCAAAGCCUCGCAAAACAAGCGUGUGGGUGGCUGAAAAAUAAAUGGGUGCUAGUGCCGACAGAUAGAGCUCAGACCAACCAUAUGGCAGUGUUUGCUCGCCCACUACCACUCCUGAGUAUUUUACUGUCAUGCUCUGGAACGUCAAUACCGAAUCUAGAUUUAUCUUUCAUAAACCCUGCAAACCGCAUCUCAAAGAUUUGGACGCGUCUACAACAUGAUUCAAAAACUCUCAAUUACUUGAUGCUCACCGACAAGAAUAUGUCUCUCCCUUCAAAGUCACUGGAUGCUGUGCCAGUCUAUGCCGCCACUAGACACCUCCCUUCUGAGACCCUGGUUCUUGACCUCUUGCAAAAUAAAAUUGAUACUUUUCAUCAGGUGUGGGUUGCUCUCUGCACUGAUAAGGGGCAUCAUAUUACAACGGAGAUUAUCCAAAUCCUGACUUCUUUAUGCAUUAUCUCAAUUAUUUUGAUGGAGUUCAUAUCACCACAGUCAGCAAGGUGCCAAAAUAUCCAAGAUUCUGUGAACAAACUUUGGGCAAGUUUAUGUGAUAAAUUUGGCAAGGACGAGGAGCACCUAAACACAUGCCUAGAAGUAUUAGCUCCUAUGGUUCUCUCGUUGGAAGCUCCAUUUGACUCAAAGGAUAUCAUGUUGCGCGGCAUAGUCAAGGUAAGCGUGCUACUCAUCCCUAUCAUGGAACGGCGUAGGCACUCUGAUGAAAGCAAUUCACAAGCAAGUGAUGCCAUGGAUAUUGAUACGGACUUCCCAUCCCAUCAACCCGCGACCAUAGAGUCAAGUCUCAUUUCAAAGGAACUCCGAAGGGACAACGUUGCUCCAUUAUUCCCAGAUAGCACUUCCAUUAGAAUUGCGACGUCCAUUCAGCUUACUGUACUCCACAAAAUUCAGCUUGCCGGGGAACCAUGUCUACCUCUUGAUGACGAAUUAAUUGGGUAUCUCACAACAUUAACUGAAACAGACAUCCUUGUUGGCUGGAAAUAUGUCAUUGACAUUCUCAGAGGACGACCAGACAUCUCAAGGGCUAAUGCUUGUAGGGUUAUCGAACAUUUCGGGGAGAAGUGCCUAGAGUCCUAUGAGCUUGAAGGGUGUGAGUCUACGAUUUGCGCUUGCAUCAGCCUAAUGAGCUGCUUUGUAAACCUUUGGACUGGAAAUGAAAGGGAUAAUCUUUUUGAGUCUGCAUCUGAGCUAUAUGCGUGGUUUACUGAGGUCUUAUUAGGAGAAGGCCUUGGGUCCUCGAAAAUACUCAUUAGGCUUGCAGAUCUCUCAGAAGCUAUCUUACGAGCAAACCCUUCUCACUUGAAAGAAACACGACAAGCCUCUCCCCGAACUACCCUUUUCCGAAUCCUUCGUGAUGGCGACCUGGCAGUGAAAUUUCAUAUAUCACAGCUUAUACCUGAUAUCUUCAGUCGUUUUGUGCUGAAAGAACACGAUGCCAUUCUCGAAGAUGUGAUAGAUAGAUUACCGCAGGACUCAACAUGGAUUGAAGGCAUUGCGUUACGCCUAUACCUUUUUGCACAGCUUGCCUCUCGUUGGCAUACACUUCUUCGCCAAAGUAUCUACCGUAUUUUCGAAACAUCGGGAAAUGUGCCAACCUCUAUUCCUCAUGCAAAAGCUUGCCUCCAAGAGAUUUCGACGGAACUUAACUUGAACGGCCCAAAGGAGGUGUUCCAGCUAUUUACGCCGCAGAUACUCUACACUUGGAUGGACAAAGAGUCUGUGACGGAUAUCCCAUUUGCUGUAUUUGGAUAUCCUACGCUUCAUGAACUCCUCCUUGACAUACAAGAUGAAGUUGUGGGCCAAACUGCAAUGAGAGAAAAGGAAGAUGAUAAAAAAGCUAUCGAGGCUUGUCUGGAGAGGAAGUUCGAGGAUUUAUUAUAUGAAUCAUUCUAUAAAGCAGAAGCAUACAGCGUCGCUCGUGACAUUAGUAUACCCCCUUCACAAGAGGCAGGAGCAAAAGGAGCGGAGCGUGGGAUGAUUAAUCUUCUAGGAAAAGAAAAAUUUUUCCAGCUAUCCGAGCAGUACUUCCCUCAGACAGUUGCUACCCUCUUCGGUAGCAUUGACCAGACUGAGCAGAUCCAGAGGGCAUUUGAAAAACGGCCCUUAUUUCAUCAUGCGUUAAAAGCCUGGCAACAUAUACAUGCGCGGAGCCAUUCAACGUCAGCCCUUCCACUAAGUCAACAACCCUGCUUCCGUGCGAGAUAUCUUCUCGAUGAAAUCGAAGUUCUGUGCAAGAGAAGCGGCUUUGACAUUGAAACUAUGUGGACUCCAUCUCUAGUUUGCUUUGUUGCAAGGAUGCUUCUGGACUCGACACACCCUGCUCUUGGUUCGUUGCAUACGUGUUCUGUCAUCCGAAAACUUAAGAUCCUGAUCUGUGUGGCGGGUCAGAUAUCACUAUACGAUUAUCCAUUUGAGAUGCUUCUCCGUGGAUUAAGCCCAUUCCUUACAGAUUUUCAUUGCGCAGAGGAUGCAAUUGGCCUGGUUUGGUACCUGAUCGAAAACGGCAAAGCAUAUCUCACUGACAAUCCUUCAUUUACUGCUGGUUUAGCCGUUUCAAUAUUAGCCUCUCUUCGAGAAUUCUUGUCUGCACCUCAAGCAAGCACUACCCAACGAGCUCAUUUUAAAGCUACAUUGUCCAAAGCUCAUGAAUUCCAUCUUUGGUUCUCAGACUUUCUCAAGACAUAUAGUCCAUCAACGGAAUAUAGCACUCUUGAUGGACCUUCUACAGAGUCGUUACGCAGAAUAAUCCAUGCGUCCCAGAACAUCCAGCUUGUCGGGAAUGGUAUCAAGGGAACAUACGAAAGUGAACUUAUCUUAGAGCUGCUAGGCGAUAAAAUCUCAGGGCGGAACUUGUUAACGACCCACACGAGUAACCUAGUCUUAUCACAACUGUGUGGUAACUUUCAAAGACCGGCUUCUUUCCGUGAUGAUGUUUUGGGUGAGGAUGAUGAUGCUGCUUCCCAUGCAAUGACUUUGUGGUCUUCCGUCGAAAAUCGAACCCUGGGCAAAGGGUUUCGUCUGUGGUUAGCUCGAGUGCUUGGCCGUGCGUAUGCGGCAACGGGAGUAGUGAAUCCAUCAUUUCGAAAGGAACAAAAAUCUGAAUUCUUGGACUACUCUCGGGAUGGCUUUCUUGCUGGUUCAAAAAUUGCUAUAUUACGAAUACUAUGUAACACAUUGCCUAACAACAGUGAGCCUGCUGGGCUGGCGGAGAGGACUCUACAAGUGAUUGCUAACAACCUUGCCAAAGAUCCUUUAGCGGACGAAUGUAUGCAAAUUAUACCCUCGACCUUGCUGAAAGCUCUAACAUGGGAACCAUAUAAAUGCCCUAUGCUUGUCUUCUCAACAUCUAGGAUGGCCCCCUUUCUAUAUUUACCGCAAUGGGACGUGAUAAAUACGGCUUCUAGGUUUGCUCAACACUUAGCACUGUUUCUAUGCAACAAAGUGGCUCACGAUGCAGUCAUUGGGACUUUGCCGAAGAUUAUCCUUGAAGUCCCUUCCUUUGCCGUCCAGCUUCUCCCAUACAUCCUCCAUGAUGUGUUGCUCUCUGAAAUAGACGGCAACCAGAAAACGAGGAAUGAAGUUUCUGAAUUAUUUAAAGAGGCAUUUCAAAACAACAGUGACUCAAUUAUACCCCACAUUUGUUUGAUAGUAACCUGCAUCCUCUACCUUCGACGCCAGCCUUUACCGCGAGAAAACACUAUGAGUGAAAGAAAUGGGUGGCUUGAUAUAGACUUCAUGUUAGCCGCUACAGCCGCAUCCCGCUGUCAGAUGUAUAAAACAUCGCUGCUAUUUUUUGAAAUUUGUCACUCUCAAGCUGUUGGAGCAUCAAGACGAUCCUCUACGGUGGCAACGUCAGAACCUACAGAACUUCUCCAUUGCAUAUUCAAAAAUAUUGAUGACCCAGAUUCAUUCUAUGGUAUACAACAAGACCAAUCUCUUGACGCUGUACUGAAAAAGCUGGAGCAUGAAAGCUCUGGACUCAAAAACUUGUUCUUCCAGAGCGCGAAUUUCGACACGGAUCUCCGGCUAGGACAAGAUGUAGAUGAAGGUGGAGCUUUUGAAAUGAUUAAAGCCCUUAAUUUCACAAACCUACAAGGGCUCUCUAACUCCAUGUUUCGCUCAUGUACUCCGGCCCGUGCUGGCAACGAAGCGUUUGAUUACAUGCUUUCAACAAAUAUAUACCUUCAACAGUGGGACAUACCAGUUCCUACAACAACGUCCCCAGCUGGAACACUAUUCAAAUCUUUACAGGCUUUGAAUAGUUUAGAGGAUAGGGUUCAGAUAAUCAAGUCUCUGGAUGACUGUUUCCUCGAGAUUAUUGACCGUCUUAAUCAGGGAAACCAGUCGCUCUCCUCUUUGAAAUCUUCCAUGACAGUUUUGGGAAUACUUACUGAAAUUGAUGAAAUAAUUGUGUCGGAUGAUUCAUCGCACCUACAUGAAGCUUGGGAUAGACUGACAACUCGUGGAGAGUGGCUGAAAUCAGAAAGUUUCCAAGAUAUAAGCCAAAUAUUGAUCAGCAGGGAAGCCAUAUUCUCAUCAAUUAGCCGCCAGCCACAUUUGAAGAAGAUGACAAACUUAAGCUCCAGAGACGCUCAAAUCUUAGAGGCAAAGUGUAUCAGAGAGUCCUUAAGGAUUAGUAGAGAACACGAUAUUCCACAGGCAUCCCUCCAAUCUGCAAUGUCGUUAUCAAAACUAGUUCAGCCCUGCGCCGAAUUAGGAGUGAAAAUUGAUGCAGCGACUGCCUUUGACCUGGCAAACGUCCUCUGGGAUCAAGGGGAAAUGAAAACUUCAAUCAAGAUCCUGCAAAGUCUGAGUAGUCAAAAGGGCGUGCAUGACCAAACAAUUCCCGUGAGUGUAGCAGAGGUUUUGGCCAGUUUGGGACAUCACAUUGCAGAGGCUAGAUUAGAACAGCCGGAUGCGAUUAUCCAGAGUUACCUUGUUCCAUCGAUCAAAGAGCUAAAGGGAGAAAAUACUGGUAAAGAAGCUGGUCUUGUAUUUCAUCAAUUUGCAACCUUUUGUGACCAGCAACUACAGAAUCCAGAUACGCUGGAAGACUUUGUCAGACUUGAGCGUCUGCGAUCUAGAAAGCUAAAAGAAGUGACUGAUCUAGAAGAUAUGAUGAAAACAUCUGAUGGAAAGACAAAAGACCAGCUUCGUUCCCAUCGCACGAAAGCAAAGCAAUGGUUCGAUCUGGAUGACCGCGAAUACCAACGACUGAAGAAGAGCAGAGAGUCAUUUCUAUGCCAAUGCCUUGAAAAUUACCUCUUAUCUUUAACAGCUUGCGACACCUUUACAAAUGACGUACUUCGAUUCUGUGCGUUGUGGCUUGACAAUUCGGACAACGAGCAAGCCAAUAAUGCUGUAUCAAAAUAUUUAUGCGAAGUUCCUACCCGGAAGUUUGCAUCGUUGAUGAAUCAGUUAUCUUCCAGGUUGCUCGAUGUUGCGGAUACGUUUCAGCCAUUGCUAUCUUCUUUGGUACUCCGAAUCUGUGUUGAUCAUCCCUACCACGGCAUGUAUCACUUAUUUGUUAACAGCAGGUCUAAGAAAGACAACGACCCAAAGGCUGUUUCGCGCUAUAAUGCGGCAGGAAAGAUUGUGGAUAUAUUGAAAAAAUCCAAAAGGUCUGGGGAAUGGCUCGCUAUUCACAAUACAAGCUACCACUACUUGAACUUUGCAGCAGAACCACUGGACGGCAAAGUGAAGAGUGGAUCUAAGUUGGUGUUAAAGAAAACUAUCUAUGGCACUCGGAUGCAAAGCGCCAUCUCAAAUACUAAAAUCCCACCGCCUACUAUGACUAUUCCACUUCGCGCUGAUUGUGACUAUAGCAAGGUUCCGCAUCUUGUCAAUUUUCAACCGACCUUUACCAUUGCCUCUGGCAUUAGUGCCCCAAAAAUUGUUACUGCUAUGGCAUCUGAUGGGGUACGGUAUAAGCAACUAUUUAAAUCUGGAAAUGAUGACUUACGACAAGAUGCAAUAAUGGAACAGACCUUUGAACAAGUUAGUGACCUUCUCCAGGACCAUAGGGAGACUCGGCAACGAAAAUUGGGUAUCAGAACUUAUAAAGUACUGCCGCUGGCAUCAAAUUCGGGGAUUAUUGAGUUUGUCCAAAACACGAUGCCAUUGAAUGACUACCUGCUACCCGCACACCAAAGAUACUUUCCUCGGGACUUUAAGCCCAACCAGUGCCGCAAAUUUAUUAACGAUGCACAAAGCAAGUCUCGCGAUCAACGAAUCAAAGCCUAUCGCCAUGUUACGGACCAUUUCCAUCCUGUCAUGAAAUAUUUCUUCAUGGAGAAAUUCCCAAAUCCAGAUGAUUGGUUUAGUAAACGGUUGGCAUAUACUAGGAGCACUGCUGCUAUCUCCAUGCUUGGCCAUGUGCUAGGCCUGGGAGACCGACACGGCCAUAAUAUCUUGCUAGACACGGAAACAGGAGAGGCGGUACAUAUUGACUUGGGUGUUGCCUUUGAGCAAGGCCGUGUUUUACCUAUCCCGGAGAGUGUACCCUUUCGCCUGACUAGGGAUCUUGUGGAUGGUAUGGGAUAUACGAAAACUGAAGGAGUAUUCCGGCGAAGUUGUGAAUUUACACUUGAAGCCCUCCGCGAAGAGUCAUACAGUAUAAUGACUAUCCUAGAUGUUCUGCGUUACGACCCGUUGUAUAGUUGGACAUUAUCUCCACUGCGCAUGAAAAAAAUGCAAGAUGCCCAGGAAGCUGAGAAUGGCGCAGUCACCCCCAAUGAAGGUGGCAAAAAGUCAAAUCUCAAUGAGCCAAAUGAGGCUGACAGGGCUUUGACAGUUGUUCGGAAGAAGCUUGGCAAAUCACUGAGUGUGGCAGCCACCGUCAACGAAUUGAUUCAGCAAGCUACAGAUGAAAAGAAUCUUGCUGUCCUGUACUGUGGCUGGGCUGCGUACGUCUAA